GGCCGGGGCGCAGCGCCAUGAACCGGCUGGGGCUUUGGGGACUGCUCUGCGCGGCGCUGCUGGGCUGCUGGGAGCCUGGUGAUGCCUUGACAUGCUUUGAUAAGCAGUAUAUAUACAAGGGUAGAUGCUGCAACCGGUGUCGGCCAGGGGAAAAACUGAUCUCUGAGUGCAGUGAAACAGAAGACUCUGUCUGUGCCCCCUGUGAGAGCGGGCACUAUCAGCCAAGCUGGACCAAGGAGAAGCACUGUGCUCCUCACGAUAUCUGUGAAAGCAAUGCUGGCCUCAUUGAGAAGACAAAAGGAAACGCAACACACAACACGGUGUGCCAGUGCCGGGCUGGCACGCACUGCUCUGACAUCAGCUGCCAGACCUGCGUGGAGAACCAGCCUUGCCAGCUUGGCUCUGGCUUCGUGGCAGCCAAGGCCAUGGACCGGAUGUCAUCCCCCUGUGAACCCUGUGCAGAAGGCACCUUCUCCAAUGUCUCGUCUAAAACCGAGCCGUGCCACCCCUGGACAAGUUGUGAGGAGAAGGGGCUGGUGGUGAAGGUGAAAGGGACGAACUCCUCGGAUGUGAUCUGCGAGUCGAGCAGGCGCUCCUCCCUGUCAGUGCUGAUCCCCAUCACAGCUGCAGUUGUCACAUGCCUCGUGGGUGUCUGCAUCUACUGCCUGGUGCACACAGAUUCCAGGCGACGAGGGCCAAAGGAGAUAGAGGCUGGGGAGCCCGGAGAGAACUCAGAUACCCAGCAGCCCACGGAGCAGGAUGAGAAUGUCUUGCCUGUGCAGGAGACCCUACUCAGGGGCCAGCCUGUGGCCCAGGAGGAUGGCAAGGAGAGCCGCAUCUCGGAGCAGGAGAUGCUGUGAAGGCGCAGGGCACUGCCCCCGACAGGAGCACAGACUGGACAGCACCAUCUCCUCUGUCCCUUCUCCGGCUGGGGAGGAAAUCUGGCAUCUGGCCUGGCUGCAAAUGAUGGGAUGCUGCAAUGGACCAUGGCACGACCACCCCACGGGAAUACCACUACAACUCCUGGUCUGGUCACCUGCACAGGGCUGCCCUGGUGGAGCAAAGCUUGGCUGCCCCCAUGGGGACAUGGAACAGAGCCCCCUCCUGCUUCCUGCCCAGGUGAUGCCAUGACCUGGGCGGCUGCUUGCCUGCUGAGCCCUUGCAGAGCCCAGUGCAGCCCCUGGCCACAGCAGAGUGACCAUGCUGACAGGAAGACCCCAGCACGGAGCCCCUGAGUGCUGGAGAAGCCAGGGCUGGGAAAGGGGGCUGUGAGAUCACCACGGCAGAGCUCAGUCCCCUGUCUGGAGUGCUGGAGCAGUGCCCGGUGGGUGCUGCCAUCCAGACAGGGCACCCCGGCCGCUGCGUGCCCAGCGCUGCCGGGCUCCGUGAGACCGAGAAAGGCCGGA